AUGCUGUCACAACUUUUGAACCACGAGCGCAGUGCCCAGUCGCAACAGUCGCCGCACCAGCACAACGACACCGCUGCCACGAUAACGUCGAUACCGGCCUCGUCCAACGCAGAAGCGUCCGCGCCGUCCUCGUCAGACCCCAUGGCCGCCGUGCAAACGAUGCAGGCAGUGGGUGCGACCAUGCAGAACCAGGACGAGAACCGAUCAGACCUUCCGCGACCUUACAAGUGCCCGCUCUGCGAUAAGGCAUUCCACCGUCUCGAGCACCAAACCCGACACAUCCGCACACACACCGGCGAGAAGCCGCACGCCUGUCAGUUUCCUGGCUGCACCAAACGCUUCAGUCGCUCGGACGAGUUGACCCGGCACUCAAGAAUACACAACAACCCCAACUCAAGACGUGGCAACAAGCAGCAUGCUGCCGCACAAGCAGCAGCGGCUGCCUACCAAGGUGGUCUGCUCGACAACCCGGCACUCCAGCAGAUCAACUCCCUCAACUCGUUCAACAAUCAGAUCAGCUCCCUUGCGCAGUUGAACCAACUGAACCAAAUGAACCAGCUCAACCAAGCAAACGCCGUCAACCAGCUCAACAACGCCAAUCAGAUGAAUCAAAUGAACGGCCUCAAUCACAUCACCUCCAUGCCACCGCCGCCGCCUCAGCAACAGAAGGCUCCGAAUUCGGCGCCCAGCUCUGGCAUGAACUCACCCAACGUCUCGCCACCUCACACGUACGCCAACUUCUCCAGCAACCCGAGUUCCUACAUCACGCGAAACGUCAGUGGUGACAUCAGCCCUGCGGCCGGCAACUUCCACCGACCCAUGGACAUCAACAUGCUCGCCACGGCUGCCUCGCAGGUAGAGCGCGAGAACAACAACGUCUCUCAGAUCCCGAACCAGCACCUUUCGCUACCCACGAGAGCGCCUUACACCUACCACAACCACCCUUACCAUACUGGUCGCAUGCCGUCACUUUCUUCCUACCACUACUCCUCAAACCCCACGUCGCAACCCAUGUCCCGGUCGCAUUCGCAUGACGAGGACGACCAGUAUGGAGGACGAGCGACGAAGAAGUCGAGACCUGGCUCCCCUCAAUCGACCGCGCCACCGUCGCCAGAGUUCCCGCACGAAUCAACAUCUCCCACUCCCGACCACACCCCUCUCGCCACACCCUCUCACUCACCACGCCUGCGACCGCAGUACUUCCAUAACGGCGUCCAGCUCCCGACUCUCCACCACCUAUCUCUGCAGAACCAGCCACCUCCCGCGCUCGCCCCGGUAGAGCCUUCAGCGGACGGUCAACAGCCUGGCUUGCGAAUCAGCGAGAUCAUGGAGGCUGGCAACGGGGCGCAAAGAAAGCUGCCGAUCCCGAUGGUGCAGUCGAAAGACAACAGCUUCACCAAGAUCAACGAGCUGGUGCACCCUGAAAGCGGCGCCAACAGUGGUCAGACGAGUGCGAGGGUUAGUGAGGCUGGCAACGAUCUGCACGAGCGGUCGUAG